CCUGCGGCCUGAGAGAGGUCAGGUCGCGCCUCCGCCGCCGCUCGCCGCUGGUCCGCCCGCUCGACGGGGGGAGCUCGUCCGGCCUCCUUCGCCGCGCGCCGCCGAACGCCGCUCGCCCGAUCCCCGGCUCGGGCCGCGCGCCCCCGAUUGCCCCCGCUCUCCCUCCCCUUUCCAGGACUCCGCCGCCGCCUCGCCUCGCCUCGCUCCUCCCCUGACCCGGACGCCCCCGAGCCGCAUCGCCCUCUCUCCUGGCCAGGACGCCGCCGCCUCGCGAAGGUAGAGAGCCCUCGCUGGUUGCCUGCCGCUCCCCUCGCCGGCGAUGGCCGCGCCGCCGCUCCGGCCGGAGGCGGAAGAGGGCAGCAAGGGCGCCGAGGUCUGCCUGUUCGACCAGUCGCAGGAGGAUUUCUCCAGGGCGGUACGCGCCAUCUCGGAGCUCGCCACCGGCGACCCCCAGCCGGGGUUCCCCGACGCCGAAGUAGAAAGGCUCGCCUCCUCAGUAACGUUCCUCAGAGAAUGGAGGCAUUUCUCUUAUGAGCCAAAAGGUGUAAGUUUUGCUUACGGCGCUGGAUCAGCUUCAUCCGCAGAUGACACACCCGAGAUAACCUUACCACAGUUCUCAUCUGCAUCUUUUCCUCAGGUCACACACUUGGAAGAUGGGAGGGAUAAGGAUACAGACAGUUCUGAUUUCAUUUUGUUCGCUGGGGGAAGUGUUUGGUCGCUGGACUGGUGCCCAAAGUUGUGCGACAAGCCUUGUUCUCAUGUAAAUUGUGAGGUUGUGAUCAACUGACUGAUGGUCAUGAACUAGUAGCUCUUUUGUUGCGAGUCAUGAUUCCAAAAAAGCUCAUUCGUCAUCUUAUUAUCCAAUUUCUGCCUUGUAAGACUAUCUGGAGAAAUGUUUUGUUCAUCGCGCAGAUUUAGCAAUGAGAAAAUGCCAUUAUAGUGGCUCCCAAACCCA